AAAAUUAAAGUACCUAGUUAAAGGAAAUAAUAGCAUGUAUAUUACUAUAAGUUAUGCAAAUUAACACGAACGAAUUUGAAACAAAAUUCAUCAUUUAACCAGCUUCAUGGCUUUCAAUAGCCGAAACACAAAACUUUCUAAGAUCAUAAUAAAUUAAAUUUACAAAGAAAUCAUGUUUUCGUAUAUAAAAUUUGCAAGUAAUACAUAGCACAUUCGUCAAAAGUUGCAUAAAGAAUUAUGUCCUUACUACCAUUGUUUUGCGAAAAUUUUCCUACUUAUACGAAAGAUUAUUUUGACAGUAAUGUAAAAGUACUUUGGUACAAUCCAGAAUUUUCACAAAGUCGAUAUCCACCGGGACAAAAGGUUAGCAAAGCAUGUACCCUUAUUUGUCUUCUGGUUGCUCAGUUGAUAUCACAAACAGAAUUAUUAGUAGAUGAUAUAGAAAGAUGCCAUAAAAUAAUUAGUAUUAUAGCUGAAGCUAUGAUAAAGGGUAAUGCUAUCCAUACAUGGAGUAUUGAGGAAGGAUUAAUUUCCCAUCCGUAUCUUAGUACCGAAGAAGCAUUAAAAAUUGGCGGCAGAAACUUAUAUUUAUUAAGAGAAUGGACAUUUCAAGUAUUUUAUGAAAGAAUCGAAAAGGGUUUAUUUCUUCAUAUAAGUAGGUUUUUACAUAAAUGGUACAAGCUAGCAAAAUCUAAGAAUUUAUUCAUGCUUCUUAUUACUUGUGGACGUACAGUAUUAUUUAUAUUUCAAGAAGAAACGUAUAUGGUAAGCUGUUCACUAAAACUUGUGAAAGAUAUUCCAAAUGUAUGUAUUAUCCUUAGACGAGGAUUAGUUAUUGCACAGACAAGUAUAGACCAGUUGGAACAUUUGUGCCAUUGGUACAUUGAAGAUGUAUUAAAUAACUGUUACAAUGCAGAAGCAGAUCAAUAUGAACUAGCAUUUUUGUAUCCAUACAAUGCAUCGUGCUGUGGCUGUAAUUCUUUAUGCAACUGUGGCAACUGUUAUGAGAAACAUAAUAACAGAUUAAUUGAAUAAUCUAAUAUUUUAUAUCAAAACAUAUAAUAAAGCAUAUGUAAAUAUCCUAAAAAUGAUAUAAAUAUAUUAAACGAAGAAAAAAUGGCAAAACAUUAAAUGUAAUCGAGUAACUUAUUUUAUUACUGUAAGUUUAAACAUUUUCCUUAAAACUGUUGUUAUAUAAUGAUUACGGAAUUUUUUAUUUAAUUAGACAUGCUAUACAGAGUAAGACUGACAGGUUUAUUUACAUUAUUUACAUUUUCACUCUAAAACUAUUACAAUUCUUUAUUGUUCACGCAAUGCUUAAACUAUUCGAAAAAAAUAACAUAGCUUAAAUCUGUAAAUUCUAUGUACUUUAGUAUCACUUAAAUGAAAUGUAAUAUACAUUUUUUUGUGAACAUUUCUUUCUGCAUUGUGUGAACGUAUUCCUGACAAUAUUUAACUGGACUUUUUUCUGUAAUGAAUACAUAUGUCAGAAACUUCGUUAUUUUAUCUAUUUUAACAUUUUUAUAAAAUAUAAUCCAAAAUUUGUGGACGAUAUAUUUUCAUAUUGCUAACUCUCUACUUUGCACCUUUCAAUGUUGAUAUACCUAAUUGGAUAUAAUGUUUUGAUUCCUUAUCUGUUAACUAUAAAGUUAUAGAGACAUAUCUCUUUACAUAUUAUGUUUCUGCAAUCUCUUUGUAUCAUAUAUAAAUUAAAGUGAUUAAUAAUCUUGAAAAAUUCACAUAUUCUAUACUAAACUACAAAAGCAUUAAUCACAAAUUUCAUUGUGAAAUAGGAAGAAAACAUUAAAUAUAAAAUACCAUUAGUAGCUUUAACAUUUUGUAGUACAUACAAAAAAUUUUACGAGAAUUCAAGUUAUCUUCAUUAGUUGUUCGUUCAUUUUAAUGAUCACACGCGCAUUCACUUUAUACAAGUUUGAAAUCAAUAAAUAUUCGAAACCAAAAAGUAUUUAAUCUGUAAUAAUCACGAAUAAAACUCAGAAUUUGAACUUGUAAAAAAUUCUUAAUUUAUUUUCCCUAUCAUCUAUAGUACCUCAGAAUUACAAUAUAAAUAUUACUCAGCACUAACAAAACAGAAAUAAAUCUUCUUUUAUCGCUCGUUCACACGAGUGAUCAUGAGAGAGGUAAGCAUACCAGUGCCGAAAUAGCAUUAAGUUUAAAAUACAGAUUUUUCUCUCUGUGUUUUUUGUGUGUAUAUUACAAGUGUUACAUAGAGUGUAAAAUUUAUUUAAUAACAAUUUUUUAACAACGCAAUUUCUAGAAAUUACUAUCUACAAAAAGGUAUAAACGAAGUUCUCUUAUGAUUUCCCUUCUUUUCAAGCCAAAUUCGUGCAAAGGAACACAGUGAAUGACUUCUUCAGUUUGCAAAUACCGUCGGUAAUUGAGCAACAUUGUUCACUGUUAUAUUUUCAUUUUUAGAACGAACUCAUUAUACAUCAUAUUACUUU